GCCCGAGGGCUGCGGCUGCCCGGGAGCAGGGAGGCGGCCGAGCAGCGGGCGGGCAGCGGGGCCGGGACCGCAGGCUGUCGAGAGGCCCGGCGGGCGGGCCCGGAUGGCACAACCUGCGGCUGUUUGCACAGCGACGUUCCGGUUUGGGUUCCAGAGGCAGCAGAGGAGCCAUGACCACGUUGAUCCGCCGAGGGAGACGCGUGGACGCUGGACAGGAUGCGGACAGGCGGGGGGAGGGUGACGAAGAUGCCCUGGUGGACAAGACUUUGGGCGAGGAAGACCCGGGAGACUCCAAAGAGAUCCGCCUCACCCUCAUGGAAGAGAUCUUGCUUUUGGGACUGAAGGAUAAAGAGGGCUACACAUCUUUCUGGAAUGACUGCAUUUCCUCGGGGCUGCGAGGCGGCAUCCUCAUUGAGCUAGCCAUGCGAGGAAGGAUACAGCUUGAGCCACAGUCCAUGAGGAAAAAACGGCUGCUGGAUCGAAAGGUCCUCGUAAAGUCCGAUGCCCCGACUGGGGACGUCCUCCUUGAUGAGACACUCCGCCAUCUCAAAGCCACCGAGCCAGCCGAGACGGUGCAGACCUGGAUUGAAUUGCUCACAGGCGAAACCUGGAACCCUUUCAAGCUGCAGUACCAGCUCCGCAACGUCCGUGAGCGGAUUGCCAAGAACCUCGUGGAGAAGGGCAUCCUGACCACCGAGAAGCAGAACUUCCUCCUCUUCGACAUGACCACCCACCCGGUCACGAACACCACGGAGAAGCAGCGCCUGGUGAAGAGGCUCCAGGAGAGCGUCCUCGACAGGUGGGUCAACGACCCCCACCGCAUGGACCGGAGGACUUUGGCGCUGCUGGUCCUGGCCCACGCCUCGGACGUCAUGGAAAGCGUCUUUGCCAGCCUGGUGGAUGAGAAGUACGAUGUGGCUAUGAAUAGGUCCAAGGAUCUGGUGGAUAGGGACCCUGAGGCGGAGGCUGCCAAGGCAGGGGGCACAGAGAUGAUCUGGGCUGUGUUGGCAGCCUUCAACAAGUCCUAAAUCCUCCCGGCUGAGCGAAGCGUUUCCAAGGGGUUCAGCUGUUUUCCUCCGGGAGCGAGGCUUUUGCUUGCUGGAAUCUUCCCGAGUUCCCGAGCAAGAGCCUUCGGGGACUUCGGCUUGCCAUGGCCACCGCCGGCCACUGACGCUGGGCCCGGUGAGCUCACUCUGUUACAGGGACAGCCCUACCUUCACCGCCACUGCCGCCAUCACAUCCUCUUCUUUGGAUCUGGGAAUGAGCCAAGAAGUUUGCGCCUUGCUCUUCCCCCUGAUCCCGGGCUGAUUUCUUUCCUAGAUCCCGAGUUAAAAUGAAGGAGGGCCUGUGUCUGGUGCAAAAGGAUUGAACAGUCGUUCUCUCCCUCUGCCCCCCCCCCCACUUUUCCUCUGAGUUCAAAUCCUCCUCUUUUUGCCGCAUCGGGGAGGAAUUAAUUUCAGCGUGCUCGAUCGUUGCCUUCCUUUCUACUUUUUAACCUCACGAUUCCGACCUCGGUUGUUGUCUUGCCUCGUUUUUCAAUCACAGUUCCUCUGCUUUUUUAUUGUGCUGUUCUUCUUGUGUUUGUUUAGAAAAGACCAUUACACCACAGGUGUCUAUGCAA